GAGCUACCAAUUUUGCCAUCCAUAUAUAAACCUCAGCUAGAUCACCAAUCUAAUAUAAAGGGAAAGAACGAAAAAGCAAGAGAAGGAAUUAAUUUUAUUCAUACAAAGAUGGUGAGUGCAGUUGUUCCAACCCCUUCAAGAGUUGAAAGCUUGGCUAAAAGUGGAAUCCAGGCCAUUCCUAAAGAGUAUGUGAGGCCACAAGAAGAGUUAAAUGGAAUGGGAAACAUCUUUGAGGAAGAGAAGAAAGGAGGACCUCAAGUACCGACGAUUGAUCUUAAACAAAUCGACUCAGAAGACAAUGAAAUUCGCGAGAGAUGCCACCAAGAGUUGAAGAAAGCAGCCAUGGAAUGGGGUGUGAUGCACCUCGUAAACCAUGGUAUAUCGGAUGAGGUAAUUGAUCGUGUUAAGGUUGCCGGAGGUACCUUCUUUGAUUUACCUGUUGAAGAAAAGGAGAAGUAUGCUAAUGAUCAAACCUCUGGCAAUGUCCAAGGCUAUGGCAGCAAGCUAGCAAAUAGUGCUUCUGGUCAGCUUGAGUGGGAGGAUUAUUUCUUCCAUUGUGUUUUCCCCGAGGACAAGCACAACUUGGCCAUCUGGCCUAAAACCCCUACCGACUACAUUCCAGCAACAAGUGAAUAUGCCAAGCAGAUAAGGAAUCUAGCAACAAAGAUUUUAGCUGUGCUUUCUAUUGGACUGGGACUGGAAGAAGGAAGACUAGAGAAGGAAGUUGGAGGCAUGGAAGACCUGUUGCUUCAAAUGAAGAUUAACUACUACCCUAAAUGCCCCCAACCAGAACUAGCACUUGGCGUCGAAGCUCAUACUGAUGUGAGUGCACUGACUUUCAUCCUCCACAAUAUGGUGCCCGGCUUGCAACUCUUCUAUGAAGGGAAGUGGGUAACUGCAAAGUGUGUGCCUAAUUCCAUAAUCAUGCACAUUGGGGAUACCCUUGAAAUCCUAAGCAAUGGAAAGUACAAGAGCAUUCUUCACAGAGGGGUUGUAAACAAAGAGAAAGUAAGGAUUUCAUGGGCGAUUUUCUGUGAGCCGCCAAAGGAUAAGAUCAUCCUUAAGCCCCUAUCUGAAACUGUCACCGAGGCUGAUCCACCUAGAUUCCCACCUCGCACCUUUGCACAGCAUAUGGCGCACAAGCUCUUCAAGAAGGAUGAUCACGAUGCUGCUGCUGACCACAAAGUAUAUAAGAAGGAUGAUCAGGAUUCUGCUACUGAACAGAAAGUCUUCAAGAAGGACGAUCAGGAUUCUACUGGUAAACAGAAAGCCGUCAAGAAGGACAAUCAGGAUUCUGCUUCUGAACAGAAAGCCGUCAAAAAGGAUGAACAGGAUGCCGCUGCUGAGCACAAAGUCUUCGAGAAGGAUAAUCAGGUUAUUGCUGCUGAAGAAUCUAAAUAGUUUCUCUUGUUGUCAUACUAUCUAAAUAGAGCAACACUAUUUUUUGUACUGCUUUGCGUCCCCUUGGAUGCUUUCAUCAAUAAAACUACAAUUAUUUUAUUGAAGAAACAAGAAA